AUGUCGCUGCCGCGCCUUCGCGCGGCCUCCUGUGCCGCCGCAGCCGCCGCGGCGAUCGGCUACGGCGCGUACACUCUCAGCGCGGCGCCUGGCCCUGACCGCCUCGAACGGUGGCACGCGAAGUGGGCGAGCAAGCAGACCCGCUGGCACCUGCAGCAGGAGCACCCGCUCCUCGUGCGGUACCGCGCGGACCUCUUCGGGCCGCAGCCGCGCCACGACUCGCCCUCGCCAAAGGCGACUCGCUCGAACGUCCUCUUCCCGCUGUGCGGCGCGAGCGUCGACCUGGCUGCGCUGGCGCUGCGGGGCUAUCGCGUGGUCGGCGUCGAGGGCGUUGGGGCGGCGGUCGACGCUCUGCUCGAGACGUUUGGGGACGAGGUUGAACAGGCGCCGCCAAGUGUGUCUGGGUCGCUGAGGCUGCGGACGGCCGUAGCACCGGGCGAGGCGGGGUCGGACGCGCCGGCGGUGCUGAGGGCUGUGGAGGGCGACUUUCUACACCUCUCCCCGAGCGCCGCGGACGCGCUGGGCCUGCCGAGAUUCGACGCGGCCUUCGACCGCGGCGCUCUCGUGGCGGUGCUGCCCGAAGACCGGGAGGCGUACGUGGCGACCCUCGCCGGCCUCAUGGCGCCAGAGGGGCGGGUGCUGCUGGUGGAGCACGACGGCUUCGCCGGCCCUCCGUACGAAGUGCGAGAGGCGGACGUGCGCGAGCUCUUCUCGCCCGCCUUUGCGGUGCGGCCGCUGCAGCGCGAGGACCGGAUGGGCGCGGAGCCGCACUGGAGGGAGCGAGGGUGCACACGCUUCGAGGAGGCGGCGUACCUCCUCACGCGCCAUCGAGCAGGGUAG